AGAAACCAAGAUCGCCGGCUACCGUUCGUUUCGAUUCUCAUGAAAAAGUAUACCACAAUGAAGUGAAGGAGGUCAGUUGUUCCUAAAGUGUGACUAUUCGCAAGUUCUUAAGAGUCGUUUGUCGUGCGUAUUCGUUCCUUGUAUUUCCGGAGAAGAGUCAAAAUGGCAGAUGAAUCAACUCCAGUUUCCGUUGCUCCUAUACCAUCUGCAGCGCCUAAGAAAGGGAAAAAAGUGGCCGGAGGUCCGAAGAAGCCAAAGGCUAAACCCACUCACCCUCCGACGUCCUCGAUGGUGAACGCUGCAAUCAAGAGCUUAAAAGGUCGUGGGGGUUCGUCUUUGUCUGCUAUCAAGAAAUACUUGGCGUCAAAUUACAAGGUGGACGUUGAGAAGUUGUCUCCGUUCAUCAAAAAGUACUUGAAGGGUGCCGUGGUCAGUGGAACGCUUGUUCAAACAAAGGGUAAAGGUGCAUCCGGCUCGUUUAAAUUACCAGCCAAAGAGAAGAAAGAAGGUGCUGGCAAAGUUAAACUUGCGAAAAAGUCUGGUGAAAAAAAGGCAAAAUCUGCGAAACCCAAGGAGACUAGUGAGAAAAAAGUACCUAAACCCAAAAAGGCGGCCGGUGAUAAAGUAACGAAAAAGAAGGGUGCCGUUGCUGCUGCUAAAACUGCGAAGAAGACUGGAAACGUGAAGGCGAAGGCCCCUAAGGAAAAAGCUGCGAAAGUGCCAAAGGUUAAAGCGAAGACCCCAAAACCGAAGAAGGCCACCGGAGCGAAAAAAGCAACUGGGAAGAAGACUGCCGCAAAGAAAUAAAUACGUAUUCGGCGAAGUCGAACCUGCAGAAAACAAAACAGCCCUUUUCAGGGCUAUCAUUGAUUUGCAAAGAGUAAAAUUGUUCGAUCUAACUACAAAAGCUACCGUGUCCUUUGAGUUGAAAGUAUAGGUAAGGAACGAGUUUCCGCCUAUUCCUUAAGGCACCGAUUAUAUCCCUACUUAGUUGUAACGGCCUAUACGCCCGGCUCCAUUCGUUCAAAAUUAUCGUGACAUAUAUGCAAAAGUACUAACAAGGGCAGCAUAAUCGGCCGAAUUAGAAAUAAUAUAGCUACAACUAGCAUGUUAAUCUAUUUUCUAAAUGGGAAACUGCUCCACGAUUCGCUGAUGAAAGUCAUAGUUAAAUUCGCCUGUGAUGUAAGGAACGUCCGUCUAUAACCAAGUUAUGAGGGGCACCGUUUCAUGAAAAUAUUAAUGCGCAUGACAGUCUCCACUUAAUAGCUUUAAUCUCAAAAAGGUUGCCGACGAAUCGUAUGUAACUCAUUAGUGAUCUCUGUAUGAUAAAUGGAUAGUGAAAGCGUUUGCAUUCACAAAUGGGUAUUUCCAGUAGCUUUAUACCUAGGAAAUACUUAUUCAGUGAAGAAAGAAUAUGGAAUUUAUAAAUUUGGAAGACCUUAUUAAAAGAGGAAUAUUUUCAACCUGCAAAUGUCUUAAAAUAAAGCUUAUCUAG